AUGGGAUUACAAUCUGUUCUAGGCGGACUCAAGCACAAAUCACCUGUGGCUGCGCAGCCAGCUAUUACGGACAACGAACCUUCUGAAAGAGUUGUCUACCGUAACCGUUUCCAUUUCGGACCUAACUUGGGAGCUAUGUUCGUGCAGGAAAAGUGGAUCGACAACACUCUGUUCACAGAUAAAGCAAAAGGCGAUAGUGAGCUUGCUGCGUUGGCCGGCAGCAAAUCCAGCGGUCUGAGCACAAAGGAUAUGAAGCAAAAGUGGGAAGACCGCUACAAAAACCUCAUGACCGACGACGAUUGGCGGUGGCUGCGGGACCAUGGAGUCACUGCAGUCAGACUUCCAAUUGGGUAUUGGAACGUCCAGGAUGGUCAAUUCACCAAUGGCACUCCCUUUGAGAAGUUUGCUCAUGUUUAUUCUGGAUCCUGGGCGGCAAUCAAGGGAAUCAUAGAAUCAGCCGGCAAGUUCGAUAUCGGUGUCCUGGUUGAUCUCCAUGCUGUUCCAGGAGGUGCGAAUAGAGAUGCUCAUUCAGGCACAAAUUCCGGAGAGGCAGAGUUUUUCAAGCAUUCCUCUUAUCGGAAACUUGCAGUUCAAGCGUUGGAAUUUAUGGCCAAAGAUCUCAAUCACUACGACAAUUUGGUCGGCUUGCAAGUGAUUAACGAGCCAUUGGCGGGCCAGGACAAACUGUACAAUUAUUACAUGGACGCUUUAGCUGCUAUCAGACAAGUUGCCCCCGAUCUACCCGUGGUUAUUUCAGAUGCCUGGGAUCUAGGAUACUGGCGGGAGGAGGUAAAGAGAAUUGAUUCAGGACUUUCAAGCCACGCUCCGGAAACUGCUGGGUUGGUUAUCGACACCCAUGUAUACCGGACAUUUUCAGAGGGUGAUACCUCCAGGUCUGCAAAUGAACAUGUAGACAAUGCGAUCCAAAGUGUCCCUGGUGACGAUGACGUCGAUACGAUAGUAGGCGAGUACUCGUGUUGCUUGAGCGAAGAGUCUUGGAAGAAAAGUAACGGCGAUAGAGGAGAACUUGAAAAGCAGUAUGGGUCUAACCAAUUGAACUGUUUUCUAUUUAACACUCGCUCUGGCGCUUUCUUCUGGACAUACAAGUUUAUGCAAGGAAAUGGCGGCUCAUGGGACUUUAAGAACAUGACCGACAAAAACACAUUCAGAUGGCCCCAACACAUUGGAAAUCAUAAUCUUGACGGCCAACUGCGGCCACGCUUAGAUGCCCACAAAAAGUACUGGACUGGUGUUGACAGCUCCAAAGACUGGGAAUUUUGGCGUUUCGAAGACGGAUUCAGAAGAGGAUUUGCAGAUGCUGAAGCCUUUGCCAAGUUUAACGGUUCCAGAGUUGGGCGUGUGCACGCCAUGAAAACUGCACGGCUCAAGCAGCAUAUCGCGAAAAAGAAAUCAUCUGAAAUGAAUUGGGCUUUCAAUCAAGGAUAUGUGCAAGGUAUCGAUGCUUUUUGGCAGUAA